AUGAUCGAAUGCAAGAAGCUUCCCCGGAAGGGUGGACGGCGCUGCCUCGGUUCGCCGCAGCUGAUUCUUCCAGAGCCUAGGUCGUUCUCGCAGCGGGGUCGCUUCGGCAAAGACGAGGACGGCUCUUCCGAGACCACCUCGGAGGACGAAGGUGGGCUGUGGGCUUACCUCCAAAGCGAGGAUCUCGCAGCGUCCGCUGCGGCGUCUGCUGCGAGCGCCUCGAAGGCUGCCAAGACGAGACCCCGUGCCCGCGAGUGGGCCCACGAGGAUGAUUGGGAUGUUUCCGGGUUUCAAGCGGAGGUUCCUGAGCCCGCCUUGCACUUUCCUUUCGAGCUGGAUCCGCGGUUUCAGAAGCGUGCUGUCCGCAGGGUGGAGCGGAGCGAGCAUGUCAUGGUGGCAGCGCACACUUCUGCUGGCAAAACUGCCUGGAGCUCGGAGGACUCGGAGGUCGUGGCAGAGUAUGCGGUGGCGCAUGCGCUGCGCUUGGGCAUGCGGACCAUCUAUACAUCUCCGAUCAAGGCACUGUCCAACCAAAAGUUUCAGGAGUUCACACGGCGUUUUGAGGGCCUGGGCUCGGUGGGCAUCGUCACAGGCGACGUGACGGUGAACCCGGAGGCGAGCUGUGUCAUCAUGACGACGGAGAUUCUUCGAUCAAUGCUGUAUCGAGGCGACAAAGGCUUGAACCAGGUCAAGUGGGUCAUCUUCGACGAGGUGCACUACGUCAAUGACGCUGAUCGCGGGGUGGUAUGGGAAGAGGUGAUCAUCCUACUGCCACCGGAGGCGAGGAUGCUGCAAACGGCUGCUGAGAUCAUCGCUUCACCCAUCUCCUGA